CCAUGGGCUGCUGCUGCAGCUCAGACUAUGACGAGGACUGGAUCGAGAACAUCGACAUCUGUGAGCACUGCAAUUACCCCAUCGACUCCGACAGUAAGAACCAGAGGCUGAUCCGCAAUGGCUCCGAGGUGCAAGACCCUCUGGUGUCCUACGAGUCCACGUCCCCGCCGUGCUCCCCCAUGCAAGAUAAGCUGGUGGUGGCCCUGUACAACUACGAGCCCAAGCACGACGGGGACCUGCGGCUGCGGAAGGGAGAGAAGCUCCGUGUCCUGGAGGAGAAUGGGGAGUGGUGGAAGGCACAGUCGCUCACCACCGGCCAGGAGGGAUUGAUCCCCUACAACUUCGUGGCCUUGGUGAACAGCCUGGAGCCCGAGCCGUGGUUCUUCAAGAACAUCAGCCGCAAGGACGCCGAGCGGCAGCUCCUGGCGUCGGGCAACACGCACGGCUCCUUCCUCAUCCGGGAGAGCGAGACCUCCAAAGGCUCGUACUCGCUGUCCGUGCGGGACCUGGAUGAGACCCAGGGGGAGACGGUGAAGCACUACAAGAUCCGGAACAUGGACAACGGCGGCUUCUACAUCUCCCCCCGCGUCCCCUUCGGCAGCCUCAGGGAGCUGGUGCAGCACUACACACGCAGCUCCGACGGGCUCUGCACCCGCCUGGGCAAACCCUGCCGGACGCAGAAGCCGCAGAAGCCGUGGUGGCAGGACGAGUGGGAGGUACCCAGGGAGUCCCUGAAGCUGGUGGAGAAGCUGGGAGCGGGGCAGUUCGGAGAGGUCUGGAUGGGCUUCUACAACGGGCACACGAAGGUGGCUGUGAAGAGCCUGAAGGCGGGCAGCAUGUCCCCCAGCGCCUUCCUGGCCGAGGCCAACCUCAUGAAGAACCUGCAGCACCCGCGGCUGGUGCGGCUCUACGCCGUGGUCACCAAGGAGCCCAUCUACAUCAUCACCGAGUACAUGGAGAAGGGUGAGACCCCCACCAGGGGCUGCCCACCCUGCGUGGGGGUGGCUGGGGGAGCUGUGGAGAGACGUGGUCGCGCGGCCACGGGGUCAUUCAGGCUGGGAAACUCCUCCAAGAUCGAGUCCGGCCUGUGCCCGAUGCCCAGCACAGAGCACUGA